AACGCCCGGACUUCAACAUGGCGUCCCUUCUCACGGAUCCUCUGCUGGAAGUCUGUGGCCGAGGACCUGCUCCCAACAAGAACUUCUACUAUCUCACUGUGAACAAGUCCGAUGUGAAAUGGAGAUGGUGGACGAUAUCCCUGCGAGCUGUGGACAGGUACGCCAAGCCUGGGGAGCUGAGGGAGUCUCACCAGCAGUUCCUGGACAACACCUGGCUGCAUAGUGAGGUCAGUUUGGUUUUCGGCCGUCCAAUCCUUCAGUACGCCAAAGCUUUGUGCCAAGGCCAUUUUGAUUAUCUGGACAAGCUGCCCGACUCCCUGCUUCUGCGGAUAAUAAAUUAUCUUGAACUAGAGGAUGUGGGUCAGCUUGCACGAACUUCACAUAGGUUCAAGAAGCUAUGUGGGUCAGAGGAGUUUUGGGAGCAGGCGGUGCGGCGGCGCUGCAACACGGUUCCAGUUGACGUGGAGUCUCUGGCUCUCGAGGAGGGCUGGCGCGAGAUCUUCUUCACCAGCAAGCUGCAGCUGCAGAAGAAGAUCAGCCGCAGGAGGCUGAGGCUGGAGGAGCAACGGGGCAGACAGGUCUCCUCGGAAAGCCCAGAAACAAACCGGACGUCUAGUUCGGAGGAAGAAUGUCAUCAUGGCCUCAUUGGCUUUGACCAAAACUCUUGCUGUGGUGUGGAUCCUGACCUCAGCCCUGAACCUGAGGCUGCCCCCGAUACCAGUCAGUGAGGAAAUUAGGUACUGUGGGGGGGGGGGGGGGGGAACGACACUGUUGCAGAGUUGUGCACUGAGUAAUUGGUAAAGGAGACAACAGUACGGAGACUAACACAUGACACCUACCUGAAGGUUGAGUUGGAUUCAGUGGCGUCUAAAGGUGAAGUUGCACAUUGCAGCCCUGACCUCUCCUUCCCCCUCCCUUUGUCAGCCUAUCAUACUGUGUUUAAAAAUCUACGGUGGCCUUCAGGUGACAUAUUAAUACAAGAGGUCCUCUAUCCUGUCGUACCAUGGUGGUGCGACAUGACAGACGCCUUGUCUCUUAAGAGAUCCCCCUCGAUCCUGCAUACUGGACGUCUGAGCCUUCUGUCCAAUUUCGACUUUGUACUGUUUCUUUGUACCGAGAAAACUGUUUGUUUCAGGGCUAGUGUUAUA